GAUUCUACACACCUUCCUCAUGUCUUCAUCAGUAUCACUUCAUUACCAACAAUAUGAACUGGACUGAUGCCCAGAGUUACUGCAGAGCACAUUACACUGAUCUGGCUACAGUAGAUGACAUGGAGGACCUGAACAGGCUGAUGACCAGUGUCAGUAGUUCUAAUUACUGGUUCUGGAUCGGACUGAAGAAGGGAGACUCCAUGAAGUGGCACUGGUCUCUGGCAGACAGACGUUUCUACAGAGAGGGGGAGACUGAGUUCAGAAACUGGGACACUGGAACACCCCAAAAUGGUAACUGUGCUUUAAUGAGUACAUCUGGUCUGUGGAACAACACCUCCUGUGAUGACCAGCAUCACUUCAUCUGUUAUGAUGGAAAACAAGUCACCAACCAAACAUACGUCUUAAUUCAGGAGAACAGGACCUGGAUAGAUGCUCAGAGUUACUGCAGACAGUAUCACACAGACCUGGUCAGUGUGAGGAACCAGACUGAGAACACAGAGAUAGAGAAGAAGAUAUCACUGAGGGGACUUCCUGUGUGGAUCGGUCUGUUUCUAGACUCCUGGAGAUGGUCAGACCAGAGUGACUCCUCAUUCAGAAACUGGUUGUCAGGACGGCCUUCAACAGAUCAGGGAGACACCUGCACUCUGGUGUCUUUUAAUCGUUAUUAUUAUGACUAUGAUUAUUAUGACUAUUAUAAUUAUGCUCCAUGGAUAAAUGAUCCCUGUGGCCUCAACUAUCCUUUCAUCUGCUAUGGUCCAGCUGUGGAGACCACUGAGAAACCUCAACUGAAGAGACAUGUGGUGAGAAUGAAGAUGACCCCAAAGGAUCAACAUCUGAACAUCAGCGAUCCUGCUGUUCAGGACCCCACUCUCAAGGGUAUAAGGAACAAGCUGAAGGAGCAGGGGUUACCUGCAGACACCAAAGUGACAUGGAAAAAGCAGCCUGAUGGGAAGGUCUUCCACAAGGAAGAAGAGGGGUCUCCCAAGAAAGAAGAGGAGGAGAAGAAGAUGAAGAAGACCAUAUUUCCAUUGAAUUUCACACUGAUGGAAACUUCUUUGUACCUCACCCUCCUAAUCUCAGGGUUCUACACACCUUCCUCGUGUCUUAUUUGUCAGUAUCACGUCAUAAACAUAAAAAAGACCUGGACGGAUGCCCAGAGUUACUGCAGAGCACAUUACACUGAUCUGGCUACAGUAGAUGACAUGGAGGACCUGAACAGGCUGAUGACCAGUGUCAGUAGUUCUAAUUACUGGUUCUGGAUCGGACUGAAGAAGGGAGACUCCAUGAAGUGGCACUGGUCUCUGGCAGACAGACGUUUCUACAGAGAGGGGGAGACUGAGUUCAGAAACUGGGACACUGGAACACCCCAAAAUGGCAACUGUGUUUUUAUGAGUACAUCUGGUCUGUGGAACAACACCUCCUGUGAUGACCAGCAUCACUUCAUCUGUUAUGAUGGAAAACAAGACACCAACCUAACAUACGUCUUAAUUCAGGAGAACAAGGCCUGGAUAGAUGCUCAGAGUUACUGCAGACAGUAUCACACAGACCUGGUCAGUGUGAGGAACCAGACUGAGAACACAGAGAUAGAGAAGAAGAUGUCACUGACGGGACUUCCUGUGUGGAUCGGUCUGUUUCUAGACUCCUGGAGAUGGUCAGACCAGAGUGACUCCUCAUUCAGAAACUGGCAUUCAGGACGGCCUUCAACAAAUCAGGGAGACAACUGCACUCUGGUGUCUUCUCAUUCUUAUUUUUAUUAUUCUGAUUACCGGUAUUAUUCUAAAUGGAUA